UGCAGAGAGCGUUCUGCUACAAGUAGAAUAUUCCACUUGGGCCCACAGAGCAUGCGUAAGUCCAAAAGUAGAGACGAGAGAGAUACCUUUGACACAUUUCGCUGUAUAAAAGUUACCACUUGGCAGUCCUCGGGUCCAGUUUCAAAGUUUCAACCAUGGGUAUCAGCAAAAGCGAAGUUUGUCAAAUUUUGGAAGAUUGUCGUUUCGAUCCUCAUCAUCGCGCGGGUGUGGUUGUGCGGCACAUUAACAAAAACAUUUCCUCCCGGAAUGAGGCGGCAAUGUUGCUUGCCCAUAUCAUUCACGAAACCGGCGGAUUCCAGCAUCUGGAAGAGAUUGGCCGUGGAUCAGGACAUAACUAUGGUGAUCGAUAUUAUGGACGUGGUUUCAUUCAGCUUACUUGGGAAGGUAACUACAAGGCAGCGUCGAAGGCCAUUUUUGGCGAUGGAAACGUACUUUUGAACGAUCCGGAUCUGGUUGCUAGAGAUGAAGAUGUUGCCAUGCAAACUGCCAUUUGGUUCUGGAUGGAAAAUGUUCGACCUGCAGCAGGAGGUUUUAGGAGCUUUUAUCGUACCACCAAAGCCAUCAAUGGAGCACUGGAGGGACCCAAUAAUCCGACAGCACGCAAGCGUUACAAAUACUACGUAAAAGCUGCUAAUGUUUUAGGAGUUUCUCCGUUAGCCGAUGAAUGAUUUUGCUGUAAAGAAACAUGUUUAAGUGUGUUUUUAAAUUCCCUUGUGAGUGAAUGUGUUAUUGUUUAAUCUCAAACUUGAAAUCUUAUGAAGGUCAGAUAAGAAACAUGUGCGGCUUUAGAUACGUUUUGUUUUGAUUUUCGGAGCAUUUUAUAAUAAAACUAAAUUUUGUUUAAUAUCACUGCCACGAAGUAAUAUGUUUAAUUUGUGAACAACUAAACUCUUGAUAUAGCUUAGUUUUUUUUAGAAAUCGGACGCUUUAUUUUGGUUCUAAGACAUCAAGAAUGUAACAAAAUUGUUGUUGGUUUGUAAUAAAAAUCUAUGGCUAUUUUGACAAAAA